AUGCUUCAGCUCGCAGGAAAUAGCCAAGAAGCGUCGCUCAAUCGUACGAAAUUCCAAGAGUUGGCUGAGUUCACUUCCACGGCAUUCUUCCAGCACUUCGCCAGCAACAAUGUUCUGCUCGACGGUUCCGGUGGCUGGGUCUACCAGAGGCCUGACGAGACUCUGCCCGCCAACCUUGCUCCUCCAGAUGCCCAGUUUGAUGCUAUGGAACUCGGUCCAGUAUAA